AUGCGCCGCCUCACGAUCGAUAAGAAGAACGCAGAGGUUGACACCAUGUCUGACAUGAACGAGAACGAGGACGGCCAGGCAAACGACGGCAAGACGAAGAUGGUCUUUAAUCUUCCCUGUCCCAUGGCGUUUAACGUCCUCAUGGGUUUAGGGUUAGGGUUAGGCAUGCCCGCUCCGUUACGCCGAGGCAGAAGGAGCUUCCCACUGGCAGCCUUUUCUCUUCACCAUCAUAAGUCUCCGCCGCGGCAACCAGGCCAGUCCAACUCUAAGCUUCAGCUACGGUUGAGGCAAGGUAUGCACGUUACUGCCUCCACAUCUUACCCAUCGUGA